AUGAGGGCACUUGUGUUUCAUCAAUCUCAAGAAAGCUCUAAUGUUAUUUUUGAAGAAAAACCUGUGAAAGAAGUUCCUGAUGGCUAUGCGCGUGUAAAAGUUUUGGCUGCUUCAUUGAAUCAUCGUGACGAAUGGAUCCGGAAUGGUUUCUAUAAAUUAGGAGAUAAUUAUAUUAUGGGUAGUGAUGUAGCUUGUGGUACAGUUGAAGAAGUGAAAGAUGAAAAAUAUGAUAAUCUUGUCGGAAAACAAGUCAUUAUUUAUCCUUAUUUGGAAUGGGAAAACGAUGCGCAUUCUUCACGUCAUGUCCUCAAAAUACUGGGAGGCCCUGAUGAUGGCACUUUCUGCGAAAAAAUUGUUGUUCCGGCUAAAAAUCUUAUGGAGAAGCCUGAUCAUUUGACACCUGAACAAGCUGCCACGUUACCUAUUGCUGGGUUGACAUCAUAUCAAGCACUCAUAGUUCGUGGUGGACUUAAGGUUGGUGAAACUGUUCUGAUCACAGGCAGUGGUGGAGGUUGUGGUCUAUUCUUGAUUCAAUUUGCCAAGGCAUUUGGUGCCAAGGGUGUACUUUAUACAGAAGUGGAUUGGUCUGAUAAGUUGAAACAAAUUGUACCUGAGGAGCAUGGUGGAUUUUUUGAUAUGAUUAUUGAUUCGUCUGGCGGCAGAUUUGUCUCUACUUAUCUGGACUUGCUAAAGUCCUCAGGCCGAUACGUUUUUUUUGGCCAG